CCGGUUUUAUAGAUUGAGGAUGAGGUUCAAGUCAUUGAUUCCCCAGCACAUAGCAAGAGAGGGUCGCGUGCCUCAAGUGAGGUCAGUGUCGGAGCUUCUGAUCUAUCCCUUGUUGGCGCUAUGGCAAGAAUACCUGAAGAGAGUAUGUCUGGCCCCUCAACCCCGCUACCACCGUUGCACUCUUCAACUCUGCGUCUAACAUCUGCUGCUGAUGAUAAAAUGGCGACUGUAGAGGAAGAAUCUCUGAUAGAGGCAACUGGGAAUGGGAGUGCAGCAAGUAGUGGAGAAGGAGAUAUGAAGGAGGAAAGGAAGGAGGAGAAGAAGCCAUUGUUUAAUCCCCAGAGUAGUGCUGCCAUGGCAAAAAUUGCAAUGGGAUUACGGGCUAAAGUUCAUGCACUGCUUGAAAAGGAGAGCAAACUGUGAAGAAAUGCAAA